GUCAGGGCUGUAUUCGCAGAGACGGAAAACACCGAAAUGAACAAGAUCCUCAACACCAUCCAAGAAAGCAUCAUCCUCCCCGCCUACCUCCCCGAAAAGCAGCGCAGACUCGUCUUCGACCCCAAGAUGAAGUCGUACCUCGAGCAAAACCCCAUCAUUAUCGAGGUCGAGGGCCUCGAACACAAAUUCUCCUCCAUUGACCACUUCACCGGCAUCGAAAACUCAAAGACGAUCCUCUCCAAGGCCCUCAGCAGCAUGAAGAGCCAGGACGACUGGGCCAACCUGGGAACCCUUCUGGCGGGGUACAAGAAGGCGGGGAUUCGACUCAAGGCAAACCACUGGGGAAAGAUUGUGCGCAUGGCAGGCAAGAGCGGCAACAUUCACGCUGUGAUUGAGUGCGCAAAGCAGUCUGAGAAGACGGGCCUCCUGUUCACCAGCCGAGAGACGGUGGUAAGAGUGCUCUCCUACAUUAACGAAAAGGUCACCGGCAGCAAUUGGGACGAGGCCGAGACGAAGCAGGCGCAAAAGUGGGCAGAACAGGUCCUUGAUCUUGUCCAGCGCAGGGAACACACGGUAGAGGGCCAGCCCACCCGUGAGAGACUACACUUCUCUCGCGUUGUGCGUGGAAUGACUCUUUUCACGAGAGCGUCCGCCAUCAAAGUCAGGCAGGCAGCAGGCGAAGACGUCGAGCAAGACAUUUUGCUCCUCAAAGACGAAGUCGAACUCCUCAGCUCUCUGUGGAAAGACUCAACGAACGCCAACCUGGAGGAAGUAGCCGAAUUCGCAAAGCUGAACCCUACAUUGGAGAGAAACUCCAGCCCCAAGGGUGUCAAGACCCCCACUGCCCUGAAUGGAAGCGCAUACGUGCAGGUCCUGGCACAGAACAUCAAGGGCAUUGCACUCGCACGCGAGAUUGUUGGAGAGGAGGCGCAGGGCCUCGCGCCAGUGGAAGUUGCCUUGGCCGAUCAUCUGCGGCACUUUGUCCAGACCAGCAAAAGCCCGACAAAAGGCUGGGACCAGGAAUACUCAAAAAUCGCCGGACAGGCACCCAAGUGGUAA